GGCAUAUUUUAUUUCAAAAUCAAAUUAAAUCAAUAUAAAACUAGUCUACUGAAUAAAUUAAACUAUAGAUUGUGCCAAUCUAUUUGUAAGUAUUAUCCUACUUUAAGUAUCAUCGCAUUGUGAGCAUCAUCCUGUUUUAUGUAUCAUCCUGCCGUAUGUAUCAUCCUGUUCUAUGUAUCAUCCUGUUCUAUGUAUCAUCCUGUUGCAAGUAUCAUCCUGUUCUAUGUAUCAUCCUGUUCUAUGUAUCAUCCUGUUCUAUGUAUCAUCCUGUUCUAUGUAUCAUCCUGUUCUAUGUAUCAUCCUGUUCUAUGUAUCAUCCUGUUCUAUGUAUCAUCCUGCCGUAUGAAUCAUCUUGUUGCAAGUAUCAUCCUCUCAUACGUAUCAUCCUGUUGUGUUGUCAUACUUUCGUCUAAACCAUCAAUAGUCUUAUUUUCAAGAUUAGUGUACGCCAACUAAUAAUGUCAAAUGGAUUCAAGAUGUUUUCUUGUUUAAAAAGAACCAAGGCUUUACUUGCAAUAAGAUAUACAAGAUAAAAAAAAAA